AAUAGUCACGUGUACAUGGAAACCGGAACUGCAACCCUACGCUGGUCGGACUCGUUUCACAGACGGACCGGAAGCAGCGAGGUGACCCAAGUCUUCGCUGCAUCUGCUAAGUUUUCAAUCACCUCGUGCACCUUACUCGUCUGGUUCUGUUUGCUGCUGAGAGGAUGUUCAGAAGUGCGUCUGCUCAGAUCUUCAGACAGGCGCUGAGAUGCAGCAGCACAGACAGCAGCCUCAUCCUGGAGAGGUCGAUAAACCGCGUUCAGCUGCUGGGACGGGUCGGUCAGGAUCCGGUGAUGAGACAGGUGGAGGGCCGAAAUCCCGUCACCAUCUUCUCUUUAGCGACCAAUGAGAUGUGGCGCUCCGGGGAGGGGGAGAUGAGCUCAACGGGAGACGUCAGUCAGAAGACGACGUGGCAUCGAGUGUCCGUCUUCAAACCCGGUCUGCGGGACUUGGCGUACCAGUACGUCAAGAAAGGGUCAAGGAUUCUCGUGGAGGGAAAACUGGAUUACGGCGAGUACGUGGACAAGAACCAAGUGAGGCGCCAGGCCACCACCAUCAUCGCAGACAACAUCGUCUUUCUGAGCGACAACAUGAGGGACAGAACCUGAAGGACCUCCAACCAUCCUUUCAUCCAUCCGUCUGCAGGACGUUGUGUUUUUGUGUUUCCCUGAUGAAGCAGAACAAGGAUCACGUUUGACGCUGAAGACUGAGGCUCCGGGGAAACCGCCAAUCCUGGCAUGUAGUAAAAACUCACCGUUGGUGACCUGGAUUGGGCUUUUUUUUUAAAGCUAAAAUCCCCUUUCAACCUCCCGACAGGAUUUGAUUAACAUUUUUGUUAUAAAAGUAUCAGAGAUCCUGUUUUUCUGUGAAAAGAGACUCCAUCAGAGGUUUGUUUCCUCUCUCUCAGUUACAACAAACUUGUGUUCAAGGAAAAUAAAGCUGUAACAAUCUGCA